ACUCAGUUUUAAGAAUCUGUUUGCACUGAUAAUGAUUUCCAGGUAUAGUUAAUAAUUUAACAUCUACUGAACAUCAGCUGUGCUGUUUGAUUCUCUGUGGUGUACUUGAACAUUUUUUAGUGAGAAGAAGCAGAAGAAGAGGAGAAGGAGGAGGAGGGAGGUAUUGAAAAUAUUUUAUCUAGGACAUAGUUUAAAAGUCAGUUGGUUUUGGUUUUGUUCUUAACUUAAUUGUAGACUUUAGAGAGUCAUAAUGUAUGAAAUUCUCAGCAGGUUUUCUUAAUAAAGUUCUGUAUAUGGUAUAAAAUAGUUUAUGUUUUAGGGAAUAUGUAAUUAAUAAACAAACUCAUUAUAAUGCAAAUUUUAUACCAAGAACAACAACAAAAAAAAUCUGGUGCUGGCAACACAGCUUACAUUAAGAGAGCUUGUUCUGUGUCAGAGGACCAGAGUUCAGGUUGGCUUCUCUGGCAGGCCACGUCCAAACACUUAAAACUGCAGCUCCAGAGGAUGUGAAGUCUCCUUCCCACUGCCAUGUUCACUUGCAUACACAGAGAAAUGGGAGAGGAGAAAUAAAAUAAAUGUUAGGAACAGUUCUGACAGCUUCUGCCUGUUGGGAAUUAUUCAGUGUUACUGUUAUGAUAGUAAUGUGUAAACCAUAACGAGAAAAAUUAUUUAAAACUAACUGUUUCAGUGUCAGUAGCUGCACCCUAGGGAAAAAACUACAAUCAUAUAAAUCAUUUAAUGGGUUCUGACUGCUCUCCAUGGCUGCUUUGCACCAACCUCUCCCCUUCCACAUGCUAAUGAUUAAACACUGAACAGAUGCUAGAAGUAGGCACUGCCCUUCCUUUUUAACCAUGUAUAAAGGAAAGAAAAAAUUGUGCACCCUGUGCACAAUCAGAAGAGUGAAGAGCAAUGAGUUUCAAACAGCAGUGUGUGGAACUCAGUGAUGGCCGCCUCAUGCCAUUACUGGGCUAUGGCACUUUUCAAAAUCCAGAGAUUCCUGCAAGUAAGAUUUUGGAGUCUACAAAAAUAGCAAUAGAUAUUGGGUUCCGCCAUAUUGAUUCUGCUUAUGUAUAUAAAAAUGAAAAGGAAGUAGGAGAGGCUAUUCGAAGCAAGAUUACAGGUGGUGUUGUGAAAAGAGAAGACAUAUUUCUCACUACAAAGCUUUGGAGUACAUUCCAUCGACCAGAACUGGUCCGAGUUGGCUUAGAAAGAUCACUCAAAAGCUUUCAACUAGAUUAUGUUGACCUCUAUCUUAUUCAUUACCCAAUAUCAAUUAAGGCCAUGGAAAAGUGUAAGGAUGCAGGUUUGGCCAAGUCCAUCGGGGUGUCCAACUUUAACCGCAGGCAGCUAGAGAUGAUCCUGAACAAGCCGGGGCUCAAGCACAGGCCUGUGUGUAACCAGGUAGAAUGUCACCCUUAUCUGAACCAGAGCAAGCUGAUGGAUUUCUGCAAGUCACAAGACAUUGUUCUUGUUGCCUAUGCAGCCCUGGGGUCUCAGCGACCUACAAAUUGGGUGGACAAGAAUGCCCCAUUUCUUUUGAAUGACCCAGUUCUUGGUGGCAUGGCCAAAAAACACAAUCGAAGUCCAGCUCAGAUUGCCCUUCGCUACCAGGUACAGCGUGGGGUUGUUGCCCUGGCCCAAACUUAUGAACAGAAGGAGAUGAAAGAGAACAUUCAGGUAUUUGAAUUUCAGUUGCCUUCCGAGGAUAUGGAAGUCCUAGAUGGCCUGAACAGAAACUUCAGGUAUUUUCCUGUGAACAUAGCUGCUGAACACCCUAAUUAUCCAUAUUCUGAUGACUAUUAGUAUGAGAGUCUUUGUCGCGGCGUCUACCUGAAGCUCCUAAAUGAGGACAAUGACCUUGCUGCUACUGCUGGAGGUGAUGCUAAUGCGACACGGCCCUUCUGGUUGAUCCAUACUUCAUCUAACAAAUGACAGGCAAUUAGAGCCACAUUUACUAACCUACAGAAAUGCCAUUAAGUUUUGAACCACUUAUUGAAAUAAAAAUAACAUUUUUUCCUCUAUA